ACUCCACUCCGGGUUUUCCUCUGUGCCGUUGGGCUACUCACAGCCUCUAGCUGGUUUUGACUAAACGCUCGUCCUGAUAUCGCUCCGCUGGCAUGGAGGAGGAUAGGUCUUGAUGAUUGUGAUGGUGGCAGCGAACAGCUACUAGCGACCAGCCGAGAGAUCACGGCCACCGCGGUGUCUUCAGGAUUUCGCUGAGCACCAGUUCACGGGACCCGGUUCCCCAACACGACAACUCUUCUUCACGUUCAGCUUAAGGAUUUUUACCGACCAAACCAAUGAAAUGCAGCAAGUUCACGGAGCAACUCCGGAGCCCCUUCGGUUCAAACAGCAAAACUUUUUCACAAAGGACAACAUAAUAAAACAACGGCGAGCUCGAGGCAGCGUCGGUCUGUUAUGUGUGUGAGUGGGAAUCGGAGGCAGUGAUGAUCGCCUGUAGCUUAAUAUCCGGUUGUUUCCUAUGGAGUUAUUACCUUUACUAAUAGUCUGGCCGCGGUUGGUGUGUUGAUUUACGGACCAGCUUGCUCGUUCUUGAAGCCUUCGUGCUGGGCUAUGGGAUAUUGUUAUCGGUGUUUUUCAUGGACGGGACAAGGUGAUAUUUGAAAACCGUGUUGAAUGGUGGAGCCCCCGCGUCCUGUCCCGAAGGAGGGAACAAGAAUCAACACCGAUCACCGUUUGUUUACUGUCCUUACGGUCAUUUGAAUCACCCGGUCCGUCUUGUUCGUCAUUUAACCUAACUACCAUCUCCCGUUUCCCAGUAACAUUUAGCCUAGAAGACGAAGAGACUACUUUGAGGCUUGAGGGGAAGAAAAACUUAGUCCAAAAUACUAUCAUUUCGGGUGAAUGAUGGGGGACUUUGCAACCCCCGCUGCCGCGAACGGCAGUAACAUUUGCAUCAACAACAAUGCCAUGGCGAGUGGCAUGAAUCCGGGUGUAAACCCCAACAACGUGGGCAUUCCCAAACACAGCACGGUCGUGGAGAGACUACGGCAGAGGAUAGAAGGGUGCAGGCGGCACCAUGUCAACUGUGAGAACCGUUACCAGCAAGCCCACGCCGAGCAGCUGGAGAUCGAGCGGAGGGAGACGGUGAGUCUCUACCAGCGGAGCCUGGAGCAGAGGGCGAAGAAAUCUGCCAACAGCAAGCAUCAGAGUAAACAGCAAGACCCAGAGUCGGCGUCCUCGACGGAGCAGAGGAACAACACACUUAUAGCGCUCCAAGAGACCGUGAAGAGGAAACUGGACAGCGCACGCUCGCCCCUCAAUGGUGACCAGAACGGGAUCUGCGACGGGAGCUAUUCCCCGACCACCAAGAGGUUACGAAAAGACGGACCAGGACUGGGCGGACUGGACUCUCUCCCGGGCCUCCCCAACAACGCCCCCCCCAUUUCCCCGCUCCACCAGAUGGACAUCAAGCCCUUACUGGGAGUCACCGGGAACCCCAACAACCCCAGCGUCAACAACAACAACAACAACGUGAAUGUCAACAACUGUAACUCCGGACCCGGCAGCAAUGGUAGCCAUGGCAACCACCCGGGCAGCGGCUUGGGCUCAGGUCGCCCGGCUGACGUCAAGCUCAACGGUUCCUUGGACCUGGAGGACGGCUUCGGACUCCUCAAAGACCUGAAACAGGAGCCGCUCGACGACGGGGGAGGGAUUGAGUCGUCGGACACGUCCUUGUCCAAUCAGAACAAGCUGUUUUCGGACAUCAACCUGAAUGACCAGGAGUGGCAGGAGCUGAUUGACGAGCUGGCCAAUACGGUGCCGGAAGACGACAUGCAGGACCUCUUCAAUGAAGACUUUGAGGAGAAGAAGGAAGCAGAGUUUACCAGGCCGGCCAAUCAGACCCCGGUACCACAGGACCCGCCUCCCAUGGCCACUGUGGCUCAUCAACAGACGAACCAAGCGCAGGGGGCGGCACAAGUCCCCAUGGGUUCCCCACAGGUCCGGCCGUCGUCUUCGGGCCCCCAGUUUGCCACCGCCGCCAACGGAACACCGCCCCAGCAGCCUUUGCAGCAGUCCCCACAGGUCGCCAUGGCCUCAGGCUCCCCUCUCCCUAACUGUGUGGCCCGGUCGCCGCAGACGCCCACCCAGGCCCAGACGCAGGCCGGCCCCAGACCAGGGAAUGGAUUUGUGAUGAACCCAGGCCAAGGUGUGGGUCAGGCGGGUACAGGAUCCAAUGGUCCUGGAGUCCUCACUGGGAUUCAAGGGCCUGGGCCGGUGACCUCUGAACUGUCGCCUGCUGAGCAACUGAAAGCGAUGGCGGCACAGCAGCGCGCUAAGCUAAUGCAGCAGCAGAAACAACAGCAGCAGCAACAGCAGCAGGCUAACUGGUCCCCGGCCGGAGCUCCAACCAGCCCCUACGCCUCUGCUCCUUUCAACCAGCAGGACAAGCCCAACAGCCCAAUGAUGUACCCACCUCAAGCCUUCAACCCUGGCCAACAGGGCCCCCUGGUGGCUGGGAUGACCUCGAGCAACGGCCCCAAAGCUCCCAUGAACAACUACCUCCCUCAGAACCCCCACAACCACAUGGGCAUGAUAAGUCAACAACAACAACAACAACAACAACAGACAAACAACAUGGGCGCCCAACAGAACACCCUCUCUAAACAACAACAACAACAACAACUACAGCAACAGCAAACGGCAGCCAUGUUGUCCUACAACAACACAAAGCCGCUGAGUCACUUCAGCACGAUGGGGGUCGAUCACAUGGGGCAGAGGAUGACCCCGCCCAUGGGAUCACAGGUCAAGAACCCCAUGAUGCCCCCAUACAUGCAGCAGGGAGGGGUGCAGGGGGCGGGGCCGGGCCAGACCCAGGGACCAAUCCCGGGCCAGACGGCUCACCUCAGCGAGGAGCAGAAGAGGAUGCUGCUGAUGAAGCAGAAGGUGCUGAACCAGAGCAUGCCCUACAGCGCCAUGCAGCCCCACGGACAGGAACAAGGUGUGGUGGGAAUGUCACGGCAGCCCGGUGCCGUCCCUCCCCCUCACCCUGCCGGGGGUGUGGCCUCGGGCGCGGGGCCCAAUCAGGGCGCAGGGGCCCCUCCCGGUUACCUGGGCAACCAGCAGCAGGCGGCCAUUAUGAAACAGAUGAUGGUGAUGGAGCAGGAGAAGAGAGUUCAGCUCCACAUGAUGGAACAACAGAAACAACAGCUACUGAGAGAACAGAGACAGCAGCAACAACAGCUAUUGCUGGCUGAACAGCUCCAGCAGCAGCAGCAGCAUCUGCCCAGACAGAUGGUCCAGGGUCAGAGAAACCCCUACCCCCAGGUCAACCAGUAUCAAGGAUCACCCCAGGAGAUGGCGGUGAGGAGCCAGGCCCUCCAGAACAUCCGCGCCACCCGCCUCCUCCAACAACAACAACAACAACAACAACAACAGAACCAGCAGAUGGUCCAGAUGAACCAGGGCAUCCCAGGGGGCUCGGUGGGUCCCCAACCCGACAUGGGCCUCCCCUACGGCGGGCAGGGAGCCGGCCAGCAGUCCCUCUACAGCCUCAACCCCUCCAUGAGCCAAAUGAUGCAGCACCAGAACCAAAGCGUCCAGGCCUCCAUGGGUCUUCCACCCGGACACAACCCAGCGACGCAGGUCCAGAGGCAGGCGGGAGGAGGAGGAGGAGGAUACGGAGGACCACAGGGGAUGAUGAUGAACUCCAUGUCCCAGCAGCCCCUCAAGGGGCCGCCCAAAGCCCAGGCCCAGAGGUUGCAGGGCAUGCUGGGAAUUGGAGGAGGCCCGGGAGGAGGAGGACCACAUGGAGGGAUGGGAGGGUGGCCACCCCAGCAGGGGCAGUCCCUCCAGGGGAUGGGAGGGCCAGGAGGGGUAGGGGGACCAGGCAGGACUACAGGCGAUAUGGUGGGCUUUGGCUCGGCCCAGGGGGGCUACGGCUCCAUGCAGCCUGGACCCGGACAACAGCCUCCACACCCACGCCUGGCCAAGCAGCACUUCCCUGGGCACCCACAGGGCCACCCCCAGGCUAUGGGUCAGGGCCAGCCCAUGGACCCCAGGGCUAUGAACCCUGCGGCCGGCAUGGCCGGGUCCAUGAUUGCCCCUCACAUGGCUGGACCAGGACAGCCAAGGACCAACCAGCCCAGACCCAUGGUAAUGCCGGGACAGGGGGUGAUGGGCCAGGGCGUGCCCAACAUGGGGGCCUUUGGACAGGGGCCGGCGAUGGGGGUGGGCCCUGGCGGUGGAGGAGGGUAUGUGGGACAAGGAGGGGUAGGGGUCGGAGGUCAGCCUCAGGGCUACCAGAGGACGUCUAGUCAGGACCUGUCAUCUUAUGGAUACGUUGGCGGGCAGGUGGCGCCGUCGGGCGGAGGGUUCGGAUUGGCCGACGGGACAGGGGCGGACUUGGACUCAAGUGACGGUUGGAUGGAAGAGUUCUUCCCCAACCAAUAGCAGAGCUGGAAAUGUAGUGGGGAGUUUUUACUGGAGGGACUAAAGACAAACUGCGUGGGGAAAACUUUAUUGAGACGAGAGAACUGGACAGACAGACAGACAGUCGUCAUAUUUUGUUUAGUAAAGCAGGAACGGACAGGAAGAGUUCUGUGUCGUGUAUUUAUGUGUGUGUGUGUGUGUGUGUGUGUGUGUGUGUGUGUGUGUUACUGUCACAGUAUUUAAAAGGCCUCUAAUGGUAAACGCGGUCUGGUGGUUGUGAAAUAUCAUUCAAGAAAGGGAAGGGAAGACAGGAGAGAUGGGAGACUGACUACAAGACAGGAGAGACAGGAGACUGACUACAAGACAGGAGAGACAGGAGACUGACUACAAGACAGGAGAGACAGGACACUGACUACAAGACAGGAGAGACAUGACACUGACUACAAGACAGGAGAGACAUGACACUGACUACAAGACAGGAGAGACAGGAGACUGACUACAAGACAGGAGAGACAGGAGACUGACUACAAGACAGGAGAGACAGGACACUGACUACAAGACAGGAGAGACAUGACACUGACUACAAGACAGGAGAGACAUGAGACUGACUACAAGACAGGAGAGAUGGGAGACUGACUACAAGACAGGAGAGACAUGAGACUGACUACAAGACAGGAGAGGCAGGACACUGACUACAAGACAGGAGAGGCAGGACACUGACUACAAGACAGGAGAGACAUGACACUGACUACAAGACAGGAGAGACAGCACACUGACUACAAGACAGGAGAGACAUGAGACUGAGUACAAGACAGGAGAGACAGGACACUGACUACAAGACAGGAGAGACAGGACACUGACUACAAGACAGGAGAGACAUGAGACUGACUACAAGACAGGAGACUGACUACAAGACAGGAGAGACAGGAGACUGACUACAAGACAGGAGAGACAGGACACUGACUACAAGACAGGACACUGACUACAAGACAGGAGACUGACUACAAGACAGGAGAGACAGGACACUGACUACAAGACAUGAGAGACAGGGCACUGACUACAAGACAGGAGACUGACUACAAGACAGGAGAGACAUGACACUGACUACAAGACAGGAGAGACAGGACACUGACUACAAGACAGGAGAGACAUGAGACUGACUACAAGACAGGAGAGACAGGAGACUGACUACAAGACAGGAGAGACAGGAGACUGACUACAAGACAGGAGAGACAUGACACUGACUACAAGACAGGAGAGACAGGAGACUGACUACAAGACAGGAGAGACAGGACACUGACUACAAGACAGGAGAGACAUGAGACUGACUACAAGACAGGAGAGACAGGAGACUGACUACAAGACAGGAGAGACAUGAGACUGACUACAAGACAGGAGAGACAGGAGACUGACUACAAGACAGGAGAGACAGGACACUGACUACAAGACAGGAGAGACAUGAGACUGACUACAAGACAGGAGAGACAGGACACUGACUACAAGACAGGAGAGACAUGAGACUGACUACAAGACAGGAGAGACAGGAGACUGACUACAAGACAGGAGAGACAGGAGACUGACUACAAGACAGGACACUGACUACAAGACAGGAGACUGACUACAAGACAGGAGAGACAUGAGACUGACUACAAGACAGGAGAGACAUGAGACUGACUACAAGACAGGAGAGACAGGACACUGACUACAAGACAGGAGAGACAGGAGACUGACUACAAGACAGGAGAGACAUGAGACUGACUACAAGACAGGAGAGACAGGAGACUGACUACAAGACAGGAGAGACAGGAGACUGACUACAAGACAGGAGAGACAGGGCACUGACUACAAGACAGGAGAGACAGGGCACUGACUACAAGACAGGAGAGACAGGAGACUGACUACAAGACAGGAGAGACAGGGCACUGACUACAAGACAGGAGAGACAGGGCACUGACUACAAGACAGGAGAGACAGGACACUGACUACAAGACAGGAGAGACAGGACACUGACUACAAGACAGGAGAGACAUGAGACUGACUACAAGACAGGAGAGACAGGACACUGACUACAAGACAGGAGAGACAGGACACUGACUACAAGACAGUAGACUGACUACAAGACAGGAGACUGACUACAAGACAGGAGAGACAGGACACUGACUACAAGACAGGAGAGACAGGAGACUGACUACAAGACAGGAGAGACAGGAGACUGACUACAAGACAGUAGACUGACUACAAGACAGGAGAGACAUGAGACUGACUACAAGACAGGAGAGAUGGGAGACUGACUACAAGACAGGAGAGAUGGGAGACUGACUACAAGACAGGAGAGACAGGACACUGACUACAAGACAGGAGAGACAUGAGACUGACUACAAGACAGGAGACUGACUACAAGCUCUCAAACAGGGGAGAGUCUUUUUAAUAUUUGUUUUUCAAUAUAGGGGUAGAACAUCUCUAUUCAUUUUUCCGGUAUUAGUUCUUCUUGAAUACCUGGGUUAUUGGAUUGUGCCUGACAGGUUUCACAUCUCCUUAUAUUCAUGCUGUGUGUGAUGGCGUGUGGCAUGUGAUCGUAGCAUUUCUACACAUCCCUUUGAGAGACAGACAGACAAGCAGACAGACAGGCAGACAAGGAGAUAAACACACACACACAACCCACUUCUGUAACAGCCAUCAGAGCUCAGUAGAGAGCUGUCACCUCUGUCUGUCUGAGAAGUGGUUGAGAUCACUCUCUCCCUCCCUCCCCUCUCUCCCUCUCUCUCUCCCCUUUCUCUCCCUCCCUCCCUCCCCUCUCUCUCCCUCCCUCCCUCCCUCUCUCUCUCUCUCUCUCUCUCUCUCUCUCCCUCCCUCCCCUCUCUCU